AUGUUCAAAUGCUAUGGUUGUACUGAAGCGGAAAUCUUAAAACUCGUUAAGAAACACCCACGAAUGCUUUCGUUGAAUCUUGAGAAAAACCUUAUUCCCAAACUUGAGUUUUUCAGAUCCAAGGGCAUGUCAGGUGCUGAUAUUGCCGAAAUUGUAUGUGUAAUCCCUCUUCUUUUAGGUAGAAGCUUGGAAAAUCAUAUAACUCCAAACUUUGAACUCCUUGCUGAUUUGCUUCAAUCCAAUGACAAGGCAAUAACUGUUGUCAAAAGAAACCCACGUAUGCUCUUUCAUGAUUGCGAGAAAUAUUUGAAACCCUAUAUCAACAUUUUGCAAGAUAACGGAGUUCCCGAACCACAUAUUGUUUCCUUAAUUUACAGCUGGCCAAGGUUCGUCAAUGUACAUCUAAAUCAUUUUAGAAAUAGUGUAGAGAUGGUAAGGGAAAUGGGUUUCAGUGCUUCUGAGAGAGCGUUUACAUUAGCUGUGCUAAUCUCCAGUCAAUUGAACAAAUCUGGAUGGGAAAGGAAGGUUGGUAUUUAUAAGAGUUGGGGUUUUUCCGAGGAAGAGAUUCUUGCUGCUUUCAGAAAGGAACCGUGGUUCAUGAUGACAUCGGAGAAUAAGAUUAUGGAAGUGAUGGACUAUUUGGUUAACAAAUUGGAUUGCAACCCUUCCUUUAUUGCGAAAAACCCAACUCUUGUCCUGCGGAGCUUGAAGAAAACUAUUAGACCAAGGGCUGAAGUUGUUCAAUAUCUAUUGUCAAAGCAGUUGAUUGAGAAGAAGCCUAGUUUAGUUUCACUGUUUGUACUAUCUGAAAAGCUGUUCCUCGAGAAGUUUGUGUAUCGUUUUCUUGAAGCUCCUCAGCUGUUAAAGCUAUACAAAGAGAAGUUGAAUAUUUCAAAAUGA